UCGCCUGGGGGACGGAGCCCCAGCCUCCUGCGCAGCUCUCCUCGGCCGCCGGGGGCCUCCUCCGGGCCUCCAAGCUCCCCGGAUCGCCGGCCACAUCUGGCCCGCACCUCUGCCCCGCGCGCUCGGGGCGGCCCAGGCACCCUGAGAGGACGAAGAGUCAAGGCGCAACCCGGGGUCCCUGAGGCUCGGUUCGCGGCGCCCCAGGGGCCGGUCUAUGACGAGCGACGGGGGCUACCAUGGGUCGGGGGCUGCUCCGGGGCCUGUGGCCGCUGCACAUCGUCCUGUGGACGCGCAUCGCCAGCACGAUCCCGCCGCACGUUCCCAAGUCGGAUGUGGAAAUGGAGGCCCAGAAAGAUGCAGCCAUCUACCUAAGCUGUAAUAGGACCAUCCAUCCACUGAAACGCUUUAACAGUGACAUGAUGACCAGUGACAACAUCGGUGCAGUCAAGCUUCCACAGCUGUGUAAGUUUUGUGACGUGAGGUCGUCUACUUGCGACAACCAGAAGUCCUGCAUGAGCAACUGCAGCAUCACGGCCAUCUGUGAGAAGCCACACGAAGUCUGCGUGGCUGUGUGGAGGAAGAACGAUGAGAACAUCACACUGGAGACCGUUUGCCACGACCCCAAGCUCACCUACCACGGCUUUCCCGUGGAGGACGCCACUUCUCCCAAGUGUAUCAUGAAGGAAAAGAAGAGGGCCGGGGAGACUUUCUUCAUGUGUGCCUGCAACAUGGAGGAGUGCAAUGACCACAUCAUCUUUUCAGAAGAAUAUACCACCAGCAGUCCUGACCUGUUCCUGGUCAUUAUCCAAGUGACCGGCGUCAGCCUCCUGCCUCCGCUGGGAAUCGCCAUAGCUGUGAUCGUCAUCUUCUACUGCUAUCGUGUCCAUCGGCAACAGAAGCUGAGCCCAUCCUGGGAAAGCAGCAAGUCACGGAAGCUCAUGGAGUUCAGUGACAACUGCGCCAUCAUCCUGGAGGAUGACCGAUCAGACAUCAGCUCUACGUGUGCCAACAACAUCAAUCACAACACGGAACUGCUGCCCAUUGAGCUGGACACACUGGUGGGGAAGGGCCGCUUUGCAGAGGUCUACAAGGCCAAGCUGAAGCAGAACACUUCAGAGCAGUUUGAGACCGUGGCCGUCAAGAUCUUCCCCUAUGAGGAGUACACUUCCUGGAAAACGGAGAAGGACAUCUUCUCCGACAUCAACCUGAAACACGAGAAUAUCCUGCAGUUCCUGACGGCUGAGGAGCGGAAGACAGAGCUGGGCAAGCAGUACUGGCUGAUCACGGCGUUCCAUGCCAAAGGCAACCUGCAGGAAUACCUUACAAGGCAUGUCAUCAGCUGGGAGGACCUGCGGAAGCUGGGCAGCUCCCUGGCCAGGGGCAUCGCUCAUCUCCACAGUGACCACACCCCGUGUGGGAGACCCAAGAUGCCCAUCGUUCACAGAGACCUCAAGAGCUCUAACAUCCUCGUGAAGAAUGAUUUGACCUGUUGCCUGUGUGACUUUGGGCUGUCCUUGCGCUUGGACCCCACUCUGUCUGUGGAUGACUUGGCCAACAGUGGGCAGGUGGGAACAGCAAGAUACAUGGCCCCUGAAGUUCUAGAAUCCAGGAUGAAUUUGGAAAACGUGGAGUCCUUCAAGCAGACAGACGUCUACUCCAUGGCUCUGGUACUCUGGGAGAUGACAUCCCGUUGCAAUGCGGUGGGAGAAGUGAAAGAUUAUGAACCCCCGUUUGGGUCCAAGGUGAGGGAGCACCCGUGUGUGGAGAGCAUGAAGGACAACGUGCUAAGAGAUCGAGGACGGCCUGAAAUCCCCAGCUUCUGGCUCAACCACCAGGGCAUCCAGAUCGUGUGUGAGACACUGACAGAGUGUUGGGACCAUGACCCCGAGGCCCGCCUCACAGCCCAGUGUGUGGCAGAGCGUUUCAGUGAGCUGGAGAACCCAGAUAGACUCUCUGGGAGGAGCUGCUCCCAGGAGAAGAUUCCAGAAGAUGGCUCACUGAACACUACCAAAUAGCUUUAUCUGGCAGGCUAGGUCAAGCCUCCAGAAGCCGUCCUCUCACCAAAGACAGGGAGCUGGAAGCUGUCCUGACUGAUGCUUCUGGGAAAGCCAAGGACUUGCUCCCUUCUUCCCUGACGGUUGCUCCAUGUUCAGAAGCAGCAGCAGCAGCGGCAGCAGCAGCAGGGGCUAAGUGACAGAGAGCAUUCUAUGCCCUGGACGUUGUUGCCAUGGCAUAAGCUGUAUUAGCACCUCCUCAGGAAAUGAGAUUGAUUUUUACAACAGCCAAUAACAUUUGCACUUUAUUAAUGCCUGUAUGUAAAUAUGAAUAGCUAUGUUUUAUAUCUAUAUAUCUAUAUAUGUCUAUAUAUCUAUCUAUAGCCAUACUCUGCAAGGAGACAAAGAAAAAGAUCAAACGUUCCCGGGAAAUUAGCUUUUAUUGGAGAGCUCCAGAAUGGAGCAGAAGGCACUCACUCGGGACAGCAUUAGCACUUGACAAUCACGUGGGCGCGGUGGUCCCCGGAAUGUGGGUUAGGGGGACAGUCGCAUGAGAAGGAUCCAUGCCUCACGGCCUGCUUUGGCCACAAAACACUUUCUUUUGCAAUAAUUACCCUGUACGCGAGGGUGCUUUUGCCCAGGGAGCUAAGUCCCAUCACUGUGCCCCAGGGUCUCCCGUGUGCCUUGCUUUGCUUCCUGUUACCCUCUACAUUCAAGCCCCACAUCUGACUUUGUGAACCUUCGGGUUUAACCUGGAAGCUCGGCCUCAGCUUUCCAUUUUCAUAGUCCACCAAAAUCAAGGAAGGCCGUCUCCCCACCCACGAAACUGUCCCAUCAUCUGCUAAUAAGACUGGGUGGUUUCAUUUCCUCCGAGCCUGAGUUACUGUUACUCCCGGCAGGCAGUUAUCAGUUGUUGCUGUUUAAAGCGGCACACCCCACACCCAGCCCUGCAGCUCAUUGUGCUUCUCUCCUGCUGGGGUUUGCGGCUUCCCACAGCAACGCCAAUGGGUUCUACCUUCCCAGGCUCCCAAACGGCAGGCACGAUUCGAAUGACACACACUGCCUGUACCGUACAACUGUGUCUGGGGACGCUCUGAACCCAUGUUUUGCUUGGUCAGCACAGCGUCUGAAAAAGUCGCCCUUCGUUUCAAGUAACUGAGAUGUGGCAGAAAAAAGAAAUCUGUAUUCUAGAGAAGGAGGGAGGGGUUUCCUGGCUGCCGCACUAGGGGGCAGCAUUUGCAGCAAGGUGUGACUCUGAGGUGGCUGCUUGGUUUCUCGGUCUUCACAUUACCCACACCCACCCCCGUCUGGAAAUGAAAGCUUCCUUGGGUCAAGAUCCAUUGUAAGAAAUGAGCAUUCAUAAGCUGGGCGAGAUAGCUCAGCAAAUAAUAACGACUGCUCACAAACAAGAAGACCUGAGUUCGAUCCCCCCCCACAACCCAUGAAAAAAGCCAUGCUCAUUGGAACACACCUGUAAUUUCCUCACUGGGAGGUGAGCAUCCCUCGGAGCUUAUUGGUCAGCCAAGAAGACUCUGUCUCCGAGGCCGAGUGAACAGUCUCCUGACAAACAACAUCUGUCUUUGACCUCUGACCUCCAGACGUACAUGCACCACAUACAUGUACACCCUCACACACAUACACACACGAGAAAUGUGCAUUCAUGUCACCUUGCUUUGGUAAUGUGUUGGGCUGUACAUACCUUGUCUGAGGUUAUGAUUUGAAGCUGAUCACGAAUUGGACAUCGGGCCCUCCUGUGUGUGAUCCUAUUAGGUUAAUUUCCUUUGUAUGCAUAUUAAGUUCCAUUUGCCUCUGCAAGGUAGGCUCUCUGCUCUCCCGAUCGUUCUUUAUGGUUCUUGGUCUCUGUAUGGUCCUAACCUCCGCAGAAACUACAGUGAGGAUCUAAAUAGGGGACACACAAGAGUCCCGUGAAGAGUCCCAGAACUGUGUCCACUCAGAUGACAGUAAAGAAUGAACUUUAAUGGGAAGCUUGUUAAUCUAUCAACAGAUGUGGAUACUGCAAGCAACAGUCUCUCUUUUUGUAAAUGUGUUUUGAAGCUACUUAUUUUCAGCCAGAUAGGAGCAUGAUUGACGAACUACCAAGGAGUCUUUUAUUCUGUCUGGACCAUGGAGGCGUCAGAUCACAGGGGGGUUUAGGAUACAUGACCAAGUUGGGGAUGGGGCAAAAAUCUAUGUACUCUGCCCCGUGGAAGUGUGCUGUGCAACACCUUGGAAAUCCCCCAAACCCACUUGCACCAUAGGGCUUGCAGAUGCCCUCCCAAUAGCUGUUGUCCGCCGCCCUCUAGCGGUGAGUUUUUAGAAUACUGGUCCACUAGUGGGAUUUCUAGGGUUCAAAAGUGAUUUCACUUCUGGGUCAUCAUCAGAAACUGGAACACAGUGUCAUGUUACUGUGGCUUGUUUUGUUUAUGUCAAUUUGUUUUUCCUAUUCAAGAAAAAGACCAAGGAAUAACAUUGUUGUCAUUCCUAAAAAUGCUGACUUCUAUUCACUACUCUGCAUAAAGGGAAGGUUUUAUUCUUUUGUUGAACACUUCAGCCAUACUCAUGUAUUAAAAUAGGACUGUGAAUGCACAAAUAUUCUUUUUAUAUCAAAAUCUAAAGCACUUAUUUUCAUUCUAUGCCGUUUGUCUUUUAUAUAAAUAAAAACAUCUAGUGAAUCAAA